CUCUACUGCCCGUUCUAGACACAUGGAGCUGAAGGAUACCAUCCAUGGUCCCUCAGGAGUGCACAAUUUGGCCUUUAAGGAGAAUGACUACAUCGAUAUUGAGAGCGAUCUUCCUGAAAACAAAAGUGAUUCAGUAGAUCAUGAGCAACCUCGCUUGAAAGGGCAUUUAGAAAAGAAAUACCAUAAAGCCUGUGAAUUUUUCAAGAAGCACAAAACCAGAAUUCACUAUGCGAUCUAUGGAAUUUUAACAACAGCAUACUUGACAGUAACUAUUGCAGCCUGCAGCUUGAAUUUUCAGAGAGCCUUGCCACUUUUCAUCGUCACUGUUGUGGCCAUCUUCUUCAUCUGCUGGGAUUUUUUAAUAGCUAAGUAUGAACACAAAAUUGCUGCAUUCUUUUCCCCUGGAGAAAGACUUCUGGAGAGACAGUGGUUUUGGCUGAAAUGGUUGCUGUGUACGGUUCUUGUUAUAACUAUCAUCUGCUGGCUCAUCUUUGACACAGCAAAAAAAGGAUCUCGCCAUCUGAUCUCUUUUGGUGGACUUGUGAUGUAUGUUCUCUUGAUGUUUAUCUUUUCCAAACAUCCAACCAGAAUUGCUUGGAGACCAGUAUUUUCAGGAAUAGGAAUGCAGUUUAUCCUUGGACUUCUUUUUCUGAGGACCAGAGUGGGGUUUGAUGUUUUUAACUGGCUAGGCAUUCAGAUCCAGGCUUUUCUGGAGUACUCUGAUACAGGUGCUAAGUUUGUGUUUGGUGAGAAAUACACAGAUCAUUUAUUUGCUUUUAAGGUCCUGCCAGUUGUGGUUUUCUUCAGCACAGUAAUGUCUAUGCUUUACCACAUUGGAUUCAUGCAGUGGCUCAUUGGAAAGGUUGGUUGGAUAAUGCAAAUUUUCAUGGGGACAACUCCUGUUGAGUCUCUGGUAGCUGCGGGUAAUAUAUUUGUAGGACAGACAGAGUCUCCUCUCCUGGUAAAGCCCUACUUACCAUACAUCACCAAAUCUGAACUCCAUGCGGUCAUGACAGCCGGAUUCUCAACUAUUGCUGGAAGUGUCUUGGGAGCAUAUAUUUCUUUUGGGGUUUCCGCCUCCCACCUACUGACUGCUUCUGUCAUGUCAGCACCAGCAUCAUUAGCCACCUCCAAACUAUUCUGGCCUGAAACUGAAAAGCCUACAGUAACUCUGAGAAGUGACCUACAGACGACAAAAGGUGAAGCAAAGAACUUACUGGAAGCAGCCAGUCAAGGUGCCUCUACCUCCAUACCAUUGGUGGCAAACAUUGCUGUGAAUCUGAUCGCCUUCCUUGCCCUGCUGGCUUUCCUUGACUCAGCCCUCUCUUGGGUGGGCAAUCUGUUUGAUUAUCCGCAGCUGAACUUUGAGAACAUCUGUGCUUAUCUCUUCAUGCCAUUCUCGUUCAUGAUGGGGGUAGACUGGGAUGACAGUUUUAUUGUCGGUGGACUACUAGGUUACAAAACUUUCUUCAAUGAAUUUGUGGCUUAUGAGCGCCUCUCGAAACUGAUUCAUAGCCGAGAAAAGGGUGGGAGCAUGUACGUUAAUGGUGUGAAACAGUAUAUGACUGUUCGCUCUGAAGUCAUUGCCACCUAUGCUCUUUGUGGGUUUGCCAACUUCGGAUCUCUGGGACUGGUAAUAGGAGGCCUGACAAGCAUUGCUCCUUCAAAGAAAAAGGAGAUAGCGGGUGGUGCUUUCAGAGCAAUGAUUGCAGGAACUAUCGCCUGUUUCAUGACGGCUUGUGUGGCAGGAAUGCUGACUGUCCCUGUUCUGGAAGUUCCUUGCAGCAUCUUAUUAGGAAAUGCCUUCAACUUCACAGACUUCCCUGCCAACAGCACAGAGCUAGUUGAAUGCUGCCAGCAACUCUUCAGCAGUGUACAUCAUUCACAGGAGAUAUUCCUUGGAGGAAACUACAGCCUGAGUUCCUGGAAAGGAUGUUGCCAAAUACUGGAUCAAUCUUCUUUUCAUUGCACUUGAAUUAAGCCUUUAUUUUUAGGGGAUAGAUCACAAAUAAGAGCUGUGUUCCCUGGUAGAAAGGUAGUAAACCAAUUCCCACAAGUAUGACUUCUCUCACCCUCAACCUGUAUUUUCCAUCUCUUACCAUCCCAAUUCCUCUGACUUGUUUGGUAUAACUCAUAAAUUAAAGUGGGAUAAAUGCAAGACACUUCCUGCUGCAGAUCUCUCUUCUCAUCAUAACAGAACAUUUCUGAGCCUGAUCUGCCUGAUUUCAUUUCUACCCUGAAAUUGUAGAAUUAAACUGCUGUAGGCAAGAAGAAAAUCAGAUUGAGAGGAUUUGACUGCCACUUACAGAAACUUUUUAACUAGAAAUAACGUUUAGAAUUAUUACUCAUUCCUAAUAUUAUUUCAGCUCUUUUUGAUGUCAAGCAAGUGUUUUUACCACACAAGGAUAAAUUACUCUGUUCUCAGAAAUCUCUGCACCCUCCUUCUGGUAACCAUGGCUGAAUGUGUACUGAGGUACUAAUACAUGGUGCACCUCAUCAGCUUGGUCACUGGAGCAUCCAAAUCAGGAUCUAGUCACUGUGUGCCCCAGCCACUUUCAUUCUGCCCACAGAGGUAUCCAGGCCAUAAUUUGAUCCAGGAGUUUGGUCCUUGUGUAGAGGUAACUCACAUGAAUGGAAACGUCCAGACUCCUAGGAAGGUUUCCUCUAUAAAUUCUUCUCAGUCUUUGUUGUCAACGCUUGUGAAGGUUCAUCCUGGAGUCACCAACCAGGAAAUCAGGGCAGUAUAUCUACCAAAACCCAUAGAGCUAUGCUGCCAAUCAAACGUGGGUAAAAUCAGGUCACAGUCUUAAGCACUCCUGAAGACCUCUAGAAGAUCCUGUUAAAGAGGAAUGUGUUUUAUCUUUCUAAGCUUCAGACCUUUCGUGAACUCCAAAACUGGAAAGUUCUUUGCAGGCUGUUUUGCCAAAGAUUUAUGUCUAUGUAUAUGCAUAUAUUCCUAUCCUAUGACAUUGUUAAUAGUGAAGACUUGUGAAAAAAGCCAAGAACGGAAGUACAGAAACAUAAGAAGGU